AUGCCUAGGUUUCCUUAUCUUUUCGGCAAAUAUUUACGCCUCAACGGAAAGGGACAAUGUAGAGGAUUUAAGAAGAACCAAAUAAUUCAUCCCAUCCCCGUUAAAGCCUAUGGCCGAACUCCUUCCGCAUCUUCCCAAACUGGACUGUACCAUGAUGAAGACUAUAACUAUUAUACUAAAGUGCCCUAUUCUCUUAAAAAGACCAGAAUAAAGCUCAAGCCUCUAGUUUUUAAAAAGGACUUUGAGUCUAAACUUUUAAAUACCACAGUUCCAAACGUUAGAGUCACAACCUCAGCUUUGCAUGCCAUAACAAGUAGCGGAGGAUUUGACAAUUAUAUUUUAAACACCUCCCCUGAACAGCUGAGGUCACAAAUGGGUGAACGAAUGAGAAAUGUCAUGUACUUUUACAAAUCCAAUCCAGAUAUAAUGAGAUUGGGACUGCCGUGGAAGGUGUAUUACUCAGAAAGCAGCCGCAAGGACCCGGUGUAUGCCUAUUACAAGCACUUGACUGGGGUUCAAAAGUUUGAAGAGCGCAAAUUGAUGGAGUCGAAAAAAUACUCACCUUUCUAUUUACCACCUCAACAAAAUGUAAUGGUGGAGAGGCAAGGAUUUGCGAGUGAACAGGAAGGAAUGAAGCUGAAUUUGUGGUGGAAAAACAACCCUCAAGAAUUCAGAAAUCGACUUGGGGAGGCGAGAAUGUUUGAUAGGAAUGGCGUGGACUUGAAUUUAAUGAACAGUUUCAGAACAGGCGAGGGACGAGGCGGAGGAGGUCCUCAUGGAAAGAGCCUUAGAAAACGCUCUAAAACCUUUAGAUACAAUAUCACUAGACCAUACUAA